GCAGCAGCAGCAGCAGCAGCAACGUCACCCUCUGACGCCGGCAUCAGAGCAGCACGGGCGGCCAUCCACGCAGCAGCGAGUCGCUCCGGAACUCGGCGGAGGAACACAGCUCGCUGCUUCGGGACUGACUUUCCGCUCUUGUUACUCAGUGUCAACACCUAUGACGAGAAAACUUGACCUAACAAAAGAUGGUAAUUACAAGCGUGGCAUUCCUCAGAUGGACAUCACUGGCCAUGGACAUGAAGACCAGAUGUUUGCAGUAAAGAGGAUCAGACUGGAGAGGAGGGAGUAACAGGUUCUGCACGCCAAGGUGGAUUUGGAGGUGUGGAGGAGAGCUGAAGAUCAUGGGUAAAUCAAACAGCAAGCUCAAGCCAGAGGUGGUGGAGGAGUUGACAAGGAAAACCUACUUAAAUAGCGCUGCCUGCUGGGAUGUAUCGGGAUUCUUCACCCGUUUCCCGUUAUCGACAAAACAGAGCUACAACGAAAUUUACAGAGAAAGAGGUGCAGCAGUGGUACAAAGGAUUUAUUAAAGACUGUCCAAGCGGGCAGCUGGAUGCUUUGGGCUUUCAGAAGAUAUACAAGCAGUUCUUUCCUUUUGGAGACCCUACGAAGUUCGCCUCCUUUGUCUUCAAUGUUUUCGAUGAAAAUAAGGAUGGACGCAUCGAGUUCUCAGAGUUCAUCCAGGCCUUGUCAGUGACCUCCCGGGGGACUCUUGAUGAGAAGUUGAGAUGGGCUUUUAAACUUUACGACCUUGAUAACGAUGGCUACAUCACCCGAGACGAGAUGUUAAACAUCGUAGAUGCCAUAUAUCAGAUGGUGGGGAACACUGUGGAGCUGCCAGAAGAAGAAAACACACCAGAAAAACGAGUGGACCGUAUUUUUGCAAUGAUGGACAAGAAUGCAGACGGGAAGCUGACUCUGCAGGAGUUUCAGGAGGGUUCAAAGGCAGAUCCUUCUAUUGUUCAGGCAUUGUCUCUCUAUGAUGGGCUUGUGUAGGAAUGUAAGAUGGAUCCAACUCAGCAUCCACAAACCAAUCCAGCGCCAUCACACCUGCAACCAGAAGAACUUUUAAACUCGCUCAUCUAGAAGUGGACUGCAAACUCUUUGUGGCAGUAGCUGUUCAUCUACAUUUCCAGUUCGGAUUGUAAACAAGUAUAUCCUCUGAUGUGACAGAGAACUCAGCAAAACAUCAGCAAAUCCCUCAGUCAUUUAUCCGUGCUUCUACAGAUAUGUUGCACCGCCUACACCCUUGAGUGUUGUGGACUGUGUGCGAGCAUUUCUUCAAACGCAGUGUUGUGAUUUCCCAAUGCACAGUCCAAGGAACAAAAUUCCCUUUCCGAGAUGUUAGUGUGCGUCCUGUUCACAUACUGUCAGUCUGAGGAUGCAUGUGAAGCGCUCAGAGGAACUGUCCUGCUGCUUCACCACCACAUGGAGAGACUUGAAACCCGGGAGAAUCUGGCAAAACGUGUUACUUGGUGAUCAUUUGAGCACUUACUAAAAGUUACAAAGCAGUAUAGUGUACAAUGUAUAAUGUAAAUAGAAUGGUAAUUUAUUUUCUGCUUUGCUGCGUUUAUGGGAAUUUCCUCAUAAGUAUUGAAUGAAGUUUUAUUUUUUAUGAAAGGUGUUGAAAUGUAUUGCACUGUAUUUCUCAUUAUUUGGGGAUUUAUUUUCUUCAGACGUUCAAAAGUUUCCUUUUUCUUGAGAGAAUGGGGCUUUUAUUUGAAGAAGAGCGUUGAAGGACCCGGAGGUUACUCUGGAUUAUUUUACUAUGUUUGCAGUCUCUGCAUCCUAUUGUGUUUUUAUGUCCCUGUUAGCACUAGUGUCUGCAGUGUUGCACAGCCACAUCCUGAACGACAUGACCGGGCAACACAGCCAAUUCUCACAGCUUACAUCUGAACUGAGGCUCAUUAUUUCUUUUGAGAGCAUCGUACUCCACCCUCAGCACACACACAGCCUGGUCAUUGAGACACGGGCACAAACAGACAUCAAUUCUGGUUGUAAAGCUUUUUGCGAGCUCUGUUGUUGCAAUUGUCCAGCACUCGUAUUUGUCCUGUGAGAGGCCAGAGCAUGUGAUGAUGCCUUUUUUCCAUUGUUGGAUUGUUUUAUUUACAGCAUUAAGAUGUUUUAUCAGCUUGACUGAUUUUAUGCCUUAUGCAAAUGAUAAUUUACUAAAUGAUAAAUGUCAUUUACCUGUUGAUUAACGGUAUAAGAGCACACAAUAAAAUGCAUUUAAGUGGCUGACUUUU